AUGAGGACGGCGGGGCGAGCCUUGAGCCCCGACUCCCGGCCAGAGACGCGACAGCCGACCAGGAAGAAUGCGGAGCCCGCUCCGGGCGCGCCAGCGCCCAGGCCAGGGCGGGAGGGCGACAGGAAGUGCCCCCCCUCCAUCCUGAGACGAAGCCAGCCGGAGCGCCGUGGCCCCAGGCCCGGGCUACAGAGGACCUCGAGGCGUGUGAGGUUCCGUGAGCCCUUGGAGGUGGCCGUCCACUACAUCGCAGGCAGGGAGCCCACACCCACCACCAAAGCGCCACGCCGGCCCAGGCCCCGCGGCUCCCUGCUCCUGCGGCUGACGGUGUGUGUGCUGCUGGUGCUGGUGCUGGGCCUGUACUGCGGCCGGGACAAGCCCAUCGCGCUGGCCCUUGAGGACCUCCGGGCCCGGCUGCUCCUCCUCGCCCUGCGCCUGCGGCACGCGCUGCUCACCUGCUGGCACUGCUUCCUGCAGCUCUGA